GAUGUUCAUAUAUACACGAUGCGUAUAUACGUACAUGUCUCAUGUGGUUCCAUAUGUGACACUCGAUAAAUAUGGUGGACUCCCCUCCCUCUCCGCCGCAAACGUGCCUCAUUCUUUAGCUUAUGCUCCAUCUUUCUAUUCUCAAGUGUUCAUAUUCUCAAUUUGAGAAUUCUAUUCUCGCGAAAGGUGUGUUCGGACAGCUUCUUCCGCGUAUGCGUGUGUAUGUAGGAGCGCUCAAAAUAGUUGUUUCGAGGCGUUCAUUCUAUUCCAUUCCAUCCCAUUCUAUUCCAUUCCAUCGUAUCGUUUCAAGUUCCAAGAUGGAGAGAAAACAAUAUCGCGGAUUCUUUCGUUCAAGGUGCUUGUAAACAUAUAUCCCUAACAUAGGAUUAUCGAUGAUUCUAUUAAUUCCAUGAAUUCAACGUGAACGCGCAAUGGCGAAAUCCGUGCUUGGGUCGGACACAUUGCCAAAGGCAGGCCGUGUAAAUGAAGUAUGCCGCGAAUGGCUGGUACACGAAGACGGAGCAUUAGCUUAUCGACUUCAAGACGAAGAAAUCAAGGAACAUUAUACCGGCAACAAAACACGAAAUGCACAGAUGAGAGAAGAUUUGCCACGAGCCAAAGUUGAACAGGAAUUGGAAGCAUUGAGAUAUCAAAGUUAUAUUCAACAACAAGAAGAGAGAGAUGCACUUGUCGCAAGGCAGAUUGCACUUUCUCUGGAACGAGAAGAAAGGCAAAAAGAACGCGAAUUGCAAGAAAUGAUGAGAUUACAAUUAAGAUUGGGAGAUGAAGCUAUGCAACAGGAAUUUGAAAGGCGUAUGCAAGAGGAAAAAGAUGAGGAAUUGGCGAGAAAACUGCAGCAAGAAGAAGAAGAAGAAGAAGAUAAUCAUGACAGUCCAGAGGAUGAGCGAUUAAUAUUGGAUCAAAAAUUGGCGAUGGAAGCACAAGAUGCCGAGUUGGCGCGAAUGCUUCAGGAAAAAGAACGUGCAAAAGCUCGUAAAGCACGAGAAAGAGCAAAGCAGAAAAAACUAGAGCGUCUGCAACAGCAGGCAGAUGAACAGAAUCUCGCGGAACGACCUCAAAGACCAGACAGAUUAGACUUAAAGAUUCUGUCAACCAAGAAUCGAGCCCGUUAUCCUGCCAAUUCUCAGUAUCCAGAUCCUGAGGAAAUUCAAACAUUGGAUGAUCCUGUUGACAAUAUACGAGAAAUGGCAAACGUUGCAGCCAUUAUCGAUCCCACUUAUAAUAUGCAUCGAGGUACUUCGAGCAGCUCGAGCAGUACGGUAAGUCCUACUUAUGCUUUGCCGACGCCGCCACAAGAGCUAAUGGCGGAUGAUGUACCAUGUUACAUGCCGAUACAAGGCCAACGACGAAACCAGACUCAAUCAUCAUCUAACAUGCAUGAAGAGAAACACAAGCGACGAGUUAAAGAUGGAUGUAAGCAUCAGUAAAAGAUAAGUAAAGAUUGUAUAUGUGGUAUGAGAGAUUAAUAUUUUUUCUUUUAUUAAGAAAUUGUAUUUUUACUAACUAUCAAAUAAUGACACAAGUUAAUAAGUAUUGUUUAUUUCUAA